AUGUCAUUGGAUAGUAACGUUGUUAUCUUUAUCAUCUAUAAGAUUUUAGAAGAUGGGAAUAAAUCAUUAAUCCUUGAACAGAUGUUUUCCGCAUCAUAUUCCGAUUUAGCUCUCACCUGUCUCACGUAG